AUGGCAACGAAAGCCUACUCCCUUUGGAUCUACGAUAGACACUGCACUUUGAUCUAUCACCAUGACUGGACCGUUGCCUCCUCCCCUUCUUCCUCCACUCCCUCACCAUCACGCCCGCUGCUCAAUCCUGGCCCUGACCUCCUCCCCGGGGUGAGCAGGUGUGUCACGACGUCAAGUACAGCAGCGAGAGAUGGGGCUAGCAGUGUGGGUCAGGGCUAUCCAAAUGGUGGAUCAUCGUCUUCAAGACCAAAUUCGACCCCAUCCGCUCCAUCGGGCCAGCUCCCCCUCACCGAGCACGCCAAGCUCAUCUAUGGCCUCGUCUACUCGCUACGUAAUAUGCUCUCAAAGCUUUCCCCUUCCUCUGGCGAUUCGAAUCCAUCACGGCAGCAAUCACUGCCCUCAGCAUUCAAUACCUAUACGACACCCACGUAUUCCCUCUCCCACCUCCAAACGGCGAGCAUGUACACCUUCGUCUUGCUGACUGACCCUGUUCAGCCUCCAUCGCGCGGGCUUGGGGUGGCUCCUCCUCCUACGAGGCCUGCUUCUGCUCUACUAGGAGUGGGAGGAGGGUCAGACCCAAUGAGCGGUGGAGCUCCUACUGGCGGGGGAAUCCCUGGGUCUGGGGGCAUGUCAUUGCCAGGUGUGCUGAAGCAGAUUGUCGGGGGACCGUGGUUAGAGUGGGUGGUUCGCAACCCCGCAACAACGGCUAUGCUAUCAGGAUCAGGGCUGGGAGAGGGGCAACAGCAGCAGCAACUGGGGACGGGCGGAUUGGAGUGGGAGGAGAUGGACGAUGUGGAGCUGGGAGAGGACGGAGAUGGCCAGGCAGACGGAGUGACGGAUGGCGAGGGAAGCGGGGUGAAGGGUAGCAUUGCGAGGGCCACGAGGUCAAGAGGUGUGGACUCGGAUGGUUUCAGGAGUGGAGUUGAGGCAGUCCUCGCUCAGAACAAGCUCUCGACGGUAUUUUGA